GCCUGCGGCGUGAGUGCAGAGUGAGAACUGCGGCAGCCGGAGUCAUGGCAGGACAGGCAUUCAGAAAGUUUCUUCCCCUCUUUGACCGAGUAUUAGUUGAAAGAAGUGCAGCCGAAACUGUAACCAAAGGAGGCAUUAUGCUUCCAGAAAAAUCACAAGGAAAAGUAUUGCAAGCAACGGUGGUAGCUGUUGGAUCAGGCUCUAAAGGAAAGGGUGGAGAGAUUCAGCCAGUUAGUGUGAAAGUUGGAGAUAAAGUUCUUCUCCCAGAAUAUGGAGGCACCAAAGUAGUUCUAGACGACAAGGAUUAUUUCUUAUUUAGAGAUGGUGACAUUCUUGGGAAAUAUGUUGACUGAAAUAAGUCACUAUUGAAAUGGCAUCACUUGAAGCUGCCCAUUCCACUGAAGUUCUGAAAUCUUUCAUCAUGUAAAUAAUUUCCAUGUUCCUCUUUUAUAAUAAACUAAGGAUAUCCAAGCUAAUGACA